GGCAGUGUUAUGUUUAAAAUUAAAUAAAAUAUUUGAAUAAGUUACGUAUUCAGACUACGUGCACAGAAUGGAGCAAAAUAUAUUAGUCUCAAGUUAAAAGGUGUUGUUAAAUUGGCAUAUUUAAUAUCGCGAUACAGAAAAUAACAAGUUGCUUUCCUUUGUAACUUGAAUUAAUUUUUGUUGCGAGUCGAAAGUGGAAAAAAAUCACCAUGGAUGCUACAGGCUCGAUAAACAAUGAUGAGAUUGAGACUAUGGAGAACGAAGAAGAGGUGAUUGAUGAUUCAGAAGAAAGGGAACUUGUGACGGACUCUUGCUCUACAAAAGUACUAAAUAGUGACGAACAACCAACCGAUAGAUAUCGACUCGUUUACAUACUUUUCUACCUUUUUGGCAUCACAUCGCUUGUACCAUGGAAUUUCCUAAUAACUGCAAACGACUACUGGAUGUACAAGUUUCGAGAUGUGACGCCCAACAAUGUGACAAUGUUUGUGCGCAAGACGCAGUUCCAAGCAGAGUUUACAUCCUACCUUAAUGUAGCUACCGCUAUACCUAACUUGAUCUUCCUUGUUCUUAACUCCUUGUAUGGACAUUUGGUACCAUUGAAGUCUAGACUGCAAGGAUCCCUUGUAGUGGUGACUUUGACCUUCCUGUUCACCACCGCACUAGUGCAAGUAGACUCUGAUGAAUGGCAGAGCACAUUCUUUAUCAUUACCAUUGUGACUGUGGUUAUUAUGACCGCUGCAAGCGCAGUAUUUACUGGUGGUCUAGUAGGUAUCGCCAGUAAAUUCUCCAAGGAAUAUAUGGCGGCUGUCGUCGCCGGACAAUCUUUAGGCGGAAUUAUCGCAGCCAUCGCUCAAAUUAUAUCACUAGCUUUCAAAAUAUCCCCCUUACAUAGUGCGUUGAUUUAUUUCAUAAUCGCCGAUAUAAUGGUUGUAACUUCUCUAAUUUCUUACGCUUUGUUGUAUAAGAUAGAUUUUUUCACGCAUCAUAUAUUGCGCGGAAGUGGAUUGGGUCCUAAUAGACAUAGAGAUGUGUCUAUGGUUCUAAUUAUGAAGAAAAUCUGGGUGUACGCGUUCAGUAUAUUUGCUGUGUUCGCGAUCAGUAUGGCGGUGUACCCGGCCGUUACAGUGCUUGUUGAAUCUCAUCCUGAUACUAAAGGAACUGAUUGGAAUAACAUAUUCUUCGUUCCUGUGGUGAAUUAUCUUAUAUUCAACUGCGGUGAUUAUUCCGGUCGUCUGGCUGCUGGAUUUCUGCUAAGGCCUAGCAAGCAGUGGGUGAUAGGUCUGUGCAGCGUGCUGCGCGCGGCGGGCGUGCCGCUGCUGAUGGUGUGCAACGCGCAGCCGCGCCGCCGCCUACCCGUGCUCUUCCCCCGCGACUACCAGUACAUCCUCAUCAUGAUACUCUUCUCCUUCUCCAACGGGUACCUCACCAACAUCGUCAUGAUCAACGCCACAAGGGUGGUAGAUAUCCAUGAACGGGAGAAAGCAUCUUCAGUGGUAGCGACGAUGUUAUGCGUCGGCCUUACCGUGGGCGCAGCACUCGGCAUGCUGCUUGUACGUCUAUUGUAAGUCGUGAAUAUAUGUAACAAUAUACUAGUUGUCGGCAAACAUAACAUAUAUAUGAAUACUACAAUUUAAAAACAAAAUCGGAAAAAUAAGGCUUGUCUAGUAAAUUUUUGUUAUAUAAAAAAUCUACAGUUAAAAAAAAUAUUAAUACGAACAAUGUGCUUCUUGGAGAAUUUGAGUCAAAGCCGCUUAGCCAAGCCACAUGCCAUUUUGACGAUCACUGCACUAUACUAAUUACUCAUGACAUAAUAAACUCAAUUACUAUAAAGGUAACAAAUGGAAAUAAUUUAUUUAAAAAUAUAUUUGUUACCUUAGUUUAAAAAUGAUUUAAAAGAUAUCGUGAAAUUAUAUACAAUUAUGUACUUACUCUUUGACGUCAAAGAUUAAACGGAAGUUGUCGAUACUUAUUUUGUCUAUGGCCUGUAUCAUCUAUGAUUACAGAAUGUCAAAGAUUAAAAAGUCUAUGAUUAAAAUAUACCAUGACCUUUUAUGUAUUAGAUUUAAAACAUGACAAUGUUAUUAUGCAGCAAUUAAACAUUACUUUUAAAUAAACAAUAUUCAUAGUUAAAUAGAUUAGUUGUUAUAAUUUCUAUUUCUAAGCGUUAAACAGAAUUAAAAAAAAACAUGAUUGUAAGUAAAAUACUGAGAUAAUUUUGAUGUGUAUCUUAUACCAGAAUUACUGGUAAAAAUCAAAUUAAAUUAAAUUCUCUUAUUUUUUGCGGUCAAGUUGUAGAAAUAAUACUCAAUAAAUAACUGCAGUUGUAUUUUAAAAGUAUGAAUUAACUACUUUAUUAUUUAUCUAUAUUGUAAAAUUGAGUUAUCAAAGCAUAAUAGUAGAUAAAAAUGUACCUAAUUUUACGUCAUUUAUGUAUUAUGUAAAUAUCCUGUAUUUAAGGGUAACUUAGUAUUUAGUGGGAGGGAUUGACAUAAAAAUUAGUAAUAGUAAAUUAGUCAUUAAUAUUGUAACAUUGCUUCCGAUUAGUAACUAAAACAUAUCUAUACUGUUAAAUGUAAAAUAAUAAC